AUGAGCCUCUCUCAAAUUCUCCCUCCCAUCAUUCUUGGGGGUGCCGGCUUUAGCCACCAAGUCCAUCGGAAUCCCAAUUCAGUUCAAGCUCUCCAGGUCUUGAAGCGUGCAUUUCAGUUGGGGUUGCGAGCCAUUGAUACCUCGGCAUACUAUCACCCAUCUGAAAUCCUAUUAGGAGAAGCACUCUCGCAUCCCGACAUUACCAACCACUACACUCGCGACCAAUACUUUCUGAUGACCAAAGUCGGACGCAUCACAGCCGACAAAUUUGAUUACUCUCCUGUCUGGAUCCGACAGUCAGUACUGCGUUCUUUAGAGCGCCUGCGCACUCAGUACCUCGAUGUUGUAUUCUGUCACGAUGUUGAAUUUGUUCCCGAAGAUGAAAUCCUCGAAGCUGUUGGUGUCUUAUUCAAAUUGGCCGAGGAAGGACACAUUAGAUAUGUUGGGAUAUCAGGCUACCGUAUUGAUAUCCUCGGUCGCGUCGCUCAGCGAGUACAACAAGAAUAUUGUCGACCCCUUGACAUCAUACAGAAUUGGGCGCAGUUGACCUUGCAAAAUGACACGCUGGCCGAAGUCGGCCUCGGGGUAUUCAAGGAAGCUGGCGUCUCCUGUGUUUGCAGCUCUAGUCCCCUGGCUAUCGGUCUUCUUCGAGCAAAUGGCGUGCCGGUGGGGGACCUGGGAGACUUUCAUCCUGCGCCUCGAGGGUUACGAUUAGCGGCGAAGGAAGCGGCCGAUUAUGUUGCAUCUCACGGGGAAGAUCUGGCAGCAUUGGCACUGCGAUAUUCAAUCCGUCGCGCUCAAUCUUUAUCCACCCCAGAUUUUAGAGUGACGACAAUUAUGGGGAUCACAACUGUUUCUGAACUGCAGGAAAAUCUUGCGACGGCCGGACUUGUUCUUCAAGUGUCAGACCAGCUACGUUGGCUAUGGAACGCAGACUCUGAGCCUCGAGUGGAGGCUGGACCAUUUAAAACGAAUAAAGACGAAGAAUUAAUUCAAGCAGUGAAGAGUAUUUUGGGUGAAUGGUAUGGUUACUGUUUUCCCAGUCCAGGAGACGGAUGGGAUGUGUCGAGGAAGAAGCCGAAGACUGUUAAUACCUUGAGACUAUGA